AUGUCGUCCCUCAAGAGAAGAUUCGAGGUUACGAACCCACACGGCACCUACGCGAUCGACCAGUAUACCAGCCCUGAUCUGGUCCCUCUGGACAAGACACGACGAACCUGGGGAGGCCUAGCGUAUGGCGUCUUUUGGGCCACCGGCGGUUUCGCCAUUUACAACUACUCGACUGGAUCUGCCAUCAUCUCGUAUGGAUUGAGCGCGAAGCAGGCCCUUGCGGUCGGAGUGGUCUCGCCCAUUAUACUUGUCAUCUGUUCCAUUCUCUGCGGCUGGCCUGGCACAACUCAUCAUAUCGGUUAUACUGCGGCCUCUCGUUCACCAUGGGGCGUGCGCGGAGUGUGGUUUGCGGUCGGCCUCCGGUUGAUGCCUGGCUUUAUCUGGGACGGCAUUGAGGCAUUCUGGGGUGGACAAGCUGUGUCGACCUGCAUCGGUUCUAUGUCGCUUCGGUGGGCCAAUUGGGAUCACCCUCUGGCCAAAGGGACUUUGCAACUCAAGGAUUUGAUUGGCUUCUUCAUUUAUUAUGUCAUCUUCCUUAUAGUUAUGUGGUUUCCUCCGGAAAGGCUUCAGCGACCGUUCCAGGUUGCUUGCGUAGCCUUUGUCAUGGUCAUUUUCGGCCUACUCAUCUGGUCUGUCCAUAAUGCCGGCGGCGGUGGAUUAUACUUUGCCGACAGCUACACGCCAGGGACAGCAUACGGCGGCUCUGCUUGGGCUGGGGCGUAUGGCGCAACUGCAGUUCUGGGCAACGGCGGUGUCGUUGCUCUGAGCAUUUCCGACUGGACUCGUUUCGCCAAAAACGGUCCCAAAGGCCCAAUGUCAUACAUGCUCAUUGCUUGUCCUGUCUUUGUCUAUCUUGCUUUCGCACUCGGUAUACUCGUCACAUCGGCUUCAGCGAGUGUUCUGGGUGGUGCCUACUGGCAGCCCUACCUCCUCUUGCGUUAUAUCCAAGCCCACUACAACAACUCGGCUUCUUCCAGGGCCGCGGUGUUUUUUGCAUCCGUCUCCUGCGCCUAUGCUCAAGUCUGCGUCAACAUUAUUCUCAACUCAGUCUCAGCAGCCAUGGACUUGACAGCUUAUAGUCCCAAAUGGAUCAACAUUCGACGAGGAGCAUACAUGAUUGCCGCAGUUGGCCUCGCGACCAACCCAUGGCAAAUCACCACGACCGCUGCCACAUUUAUCACUGCGCUGAGCGGCUUCGGGAUCUUUUACGGGCCCUGUGCCGGCAUCCUUGUAGCUGAUUACUGGAUUGUGCGACAGAGAAAGUACAAAAUUGAAGAUCUUUACCGCGGAAAUUCGGAGUCAAUUUACUGGUACUGGCACGGUGUCAAUUGGCGUGCGUACGCCGCCUUCUUGAUCGCCCUUGCUCCCGUACUCCCAGGGUAUAUCAUGAGCUGCAGGAACUUGACAGGAGAACCGAACUCCUGGGAGAAGUUGAGCCGUCUUGGAUAUAUCACUGGGUUUUUCAUCAGCAUGAUAGUCUUUGUCGCCGUCAAUCGGUUUUUCCCUCCAUCAGGCCUGGGAGAAGGUACUUACUACCACGACGAGGACACGCUUGUUCUACCUUCGGCGUAUCGGCAAGAUAUCCCUACCCAAGGAAAAUAUUCCCGUGUUCUAGAGGGCGAAGUUGCUGUCAACGGCUCAGACGACUACGUGCCUGCCCAUGACACAGAGAAGAAGGCCCUUUAG